UGCAUCCCCAUCCCCCACACACUGUGGCCGUCUCUUCGGGUGAAAGCUGUCUUCCCUGCGCAACUGGCCCGACCAAACGCUGCUGUAUCCGAGCCAGUCCGCACCGAGCCGAGGCAGAGCACACACACGGGACAAAGCACGUACGCACACGGGGAAUCUGUUUCGUUGUUCGACCGAGUGACUUUGAUUUGCAUAUCCACUUCCACUCCUUCCUCAUUUGCAUACAGCAAGAAUGGCGAGCGGGCAUCCCACAGACAAAUUCAGUUUCAUGUAUCAACCAGACACGCACAAGAGUAAGAACAGGUUAUCUUCAGCUAUGAAUCCAGUCUACAGCCCCGUUCAGCCUGGCACUCCAUAUGGAAACCCUAAGAACAUGGCCUUUACAGGCUAUCCAGGAGGGUAUCCUGCCACGGCUCCCACCUAUACACCCAACCUCUAUCAAACAGGCAGUCCUGGGUAUCCACCAGGAUAUACUUCAGCAGGCACCCCAUACAAAGUGCCCCCCACUCAAUCAAAUGGAGCACCCCCUCCCUACACCCCGACCCCAACCCCAUACCCAACAGCGAUGUACCCCAUCCGCAGUGCCUACCCUCAGCAGAACCUAUACGCACAGGGAGCGUAUUAUACCCAGCCAGUGUAUGCGGCUCAGCCACAUGUGAUCCAUCACACCACCGUGGUGCAGCCUAACAGCAUCCCCUCUACAGCCCUCUACCCUGCCCCCGUCCCUGUACCUGCUCCUCGCAACAAUGGCAUGGCUGCCAUGGGGAUGGUAGCUGGGACAACCAUGGCCAUGAGUGCAGGGACCCUGCUGACAACGCCCCAGCACCCCCAGAUUGGAGGACACCCAGUUACUGUGCCAACCUACAGGCCCCAAGGGACACCUGGGUACAGCUACGUACCGCCUCACUGGUAGAGCCCGCUCAUCAUAUCUGGAGUCCACCAUCGUAUGCAACUGCUCAAAUCUUACACGGGCUCCCACUGGUAACCACGGGAACUCGGCACCUGUCUGCAAGAACAAAACUAAAGUGCAACAGCCACUUUACUAUUAUUGUUAUUGUUAUUAUGCGACAUUCUCUAACAUUUUUUUUUUUUUCUCCAAAAGCUGCUUUUAUUUUUUUUUCUCUGUUCAUUUGCCAACCAGUCAUUACCUUAUUUUGUAUGGUUUCUUUUUUAUUUUAUUUCCUUACUUUCUGUUGCUCCGUCUGUCAUUGGAACUCCAGAAGGACUCUUGACCAAUCACGGGUGUCAGUUGCUCCUGUUUCUGUGUUGUGCUGGUGUGUGUGGUCCUUCCUGCUGCUGCUCAGUUGGCUGGAAAAUAUCGGGCACUUAUUCCUCAUUAUCAUCUUCAUCAGUCACUACAAAGACUUGUUGACUUAUGCUGCCAAAUUUUCUAACGAGUAGAUAUCAGCACAGGGUUUUAACAUAAUUAGGGUUUUUAUUUUUUUUCAGGUUAUUUAAUUUUUUUAAUACUCUUUUCUUUAUACCACAUUACACCUGAAUUACUUUACCUGUUUCUGUUUUUUCCUACUUUGUUCUUCCUUCCUCUUCAUCCUUUUUUUCUUAUUUUUUUUUUACCCGUUUUGUUUAAUUUUUCAGUUUUAUCUCAGUCGUCUUCCAGCGCGUAGCUGUCUGUCCGGCAGUAGUCAGUCCAUCGUCCCUGCCGUUACGUCUCCAUGUGAGUGCUAUGUCGCUAUGAGCAGAGCACUUACUGACCAUUACCCAUCCUGCUGCGUGUCCCACUGUGUCCACAUUAGCAUAGUACCGAGUACACACUAAGAAAACAUCACAUACUUCAUGCUACAUACUAUGCAGGCUAGUAUGUUGUGACACUAUCAACAUCUUAACCUUAGCGUAGGUGAGUACAUUUAGAAAAUGUACACAUAUUUAUAAUAACAGUGUCAACAGUAUGGGUGGUCAUGCACACUUUCUCUCACACAAACACACACAAACACAAGCAUGCACACACAUACACACAUACACACACACAGGGGCUCCUGUGUUGUGUUGGAACACACAUGAUCACUUGGUGGCACUUGCUGUACAACACCUCCAGUUACGUUGUUACUGAUCAGCACACAAGCCAACAUACAUAUAUAUGACAUGGAUUUCUAGGGGUGUGCAUGGCAGACAGCAGAGAAGGAGUUUAAAGGGAUUGUGUUGGCAGUAAGGGAGGAGAGCAGGACCAGGAGAGGAGAGCAGAUGACAAGGAAGGAGGAAGAGGUCACAUGUUCACAGUCGGUAAUUUCUUUUCAAGGUAUAAGACAUUUGAGUUUGUGACAGCUCCCCUGCAAGGCACUGCACAAACACUGCUGUUUUUGCAUGUACAUGUAUUGUACAUUGAUUUCCUCACUGUGAUUAUAUCGUCUCCUCCUCCUUCCUUCUUCCAGGCGAGGACUUAUAACCAAACACUCAACAGAUAGAUAAAGACCUAGACUCCAGUCAAAUGCACGUGCUGAUAGAUGGAUAGGAUUUAAUCCAGUAGUCCAUUCCACAGUGCUGUGACUGCUGGGCAGAGCAAACCAAUGACAUGGAUGGUUAUGCACCACACUUUGGGAAGCAGGCUGUAAUGUGUUUACACCUGGUCCAUGUCAUAGGGAUGAUUUCUUAAUCUCAGAUUUUGGGUCCAAAUUUGAAUUUGGUGGGUGUUCCCAUGUGAAACACACGAGCAGAAUGAGAGUACGGUCAUCAAAAAGGUGCUGAAUUUAGUGUUGAGGGUUAUAAAGAACAUUAAGAAAUAUUAGCAGGAGUGCUGAGCUGUCAUGAUGCAGUGUCACUCAGUUUUAAACCGGUUCAGUCCAGUUGGGGGUCCGGGAGCCAGUCCAGCAUGACCUCCAGGAGCUAACAGGAGGCCUUUUAGUGUUUUUGGUAGUUUUUAUGAAAAACAAUCAUCCCUUUGUUCACUGUGCUUUUUUUUUUCUUUUCUUUUUUUUUCUGCAAGAGUUGGAGAUUGACACAUAUCUGCUUCUACUGACUGCAUUUAAACAUUAUUCUCCAUUUUUAAGAAUCCAGUAUGAACCUUGAUUUUAUUAAAAUUGUCAUUAGCUGAGGAUAAUAUUUGAGCCAAUGAGACAUGGACCAUAUACAGCCAUUUUUCUGUUGCCUUUUUAUGCUUCUACAUGUAAAGGCAUUAAUGUACAUGCAAAGGCAUUGAUGACCCAUCUUCAACACUACAAAUACACUGAGUAGUGGUGGUGGGGUUUAAUAUUUAGGUGAGGCCUGUGGUAUUUUUCAGGAUUUACAAAAAAAAAAAGACUCAAACCACAACUUCAUGAUCUGUACAGUACAGAUUGGUAUAACAGAAAGCAUUUACUGCGCGGGUAUGUAGAUGAAGUGGUUUGAUAUUGCAAUAAAAUAAGAGGGAAUGCCUCAACUGUUAACAUACAGUAAUUAUUUUAUCAGCGUUUUGAAUUGAUUUUAAAAAAAAAAAGCUUAUUGUAAUCUCUAAAUAUGGAUUACAGGCUCUGUAUGCAGCCUUCAUUCAAUAAUUAUUACAGUUACUGCUAAGAAGAGUAGAACAUAUCAAGAAUUUGGGUAUUGAAUAACUUUGUGAGGAAAUAUUGCACAACAUAAGACAAAAAAAAAAAAACUUGAUGACUAUAAUUUAAAUGCUAAGUAACAGGUACCUAGGCUUUGUAGUGCAGGAGGGAGGAAGAAGCAAUUUAUAUUGUAAUUAAAAAAUAAAACAAUAAGGUCGAGUGUUUGAGGUAUUCUUAGUCCAGAUGUUUGUACACUAGUAGAUUAAUUCUCAAGAAAAUAUUACAUAAUGCUGCUGUCGGAUGAAAACUGUCGAUCCUUGAGCCUUAUUUUUUAAACAACCCUUGUAUUUUAGAAGAUCUAAAGUGGGUAAUAUCGGCAUGAGGGUCAUAAAAUGUUCCCACCACGUAAGGAUCUUGUAUAUUUUAAUUCAAGCCAGUAAAACUGAAAAGACAGAAACUGGAUUUUCUUGCGACAGCAGUAAUAUUACUCGUCAUUAGGAUUUAUUUAACCAACCACUACUUCUGUCAGUAUUUCUCAGUUAAAUCUUAUGGUUUGUUUUGGGUUUUUUUUUUUUUCCCUUCUUUCCCUCUGGUCAAUUGAGCAUAAUGGGUAUGCAUAAUAUUCAGGUGUAUUUCACUAUAGCAUUGGAUCUCUAAGUUUAAAAAAAAAAAAAAAUGCAGUAUAUUUAUACAGCAAGUGGUACAGUAAUGUAUUUCUAGCUACGCAUGGUUGCAUCAGUGUGGCAGCUACUGUUUGUGCUUUUAAUAUUCUUUUUGUUUUACCUCCUCUUCUGCAUCUGUGUCCUCUACAUAUCUGUCACUGAGGGGAGGGGGAGAAGUUAAGACGAGGUCUAGUAAAGAAGCUUUAGGACUUGUGGAAAUUCUUGUCACCAAAUCCCCACACUUUUAUAAUUAUUGCCUGAAUUUACUGACCUCGAGGAAGCAGAGGAUUAAUGACAGAACUGAAAU